AAAGAUGGCAAACGGAGGCUGCACAAUCAAAGUGGUCGAGCAUAGCCAGGUUUCUCCUCCACCGGGAUCUGUGCCCGUUACCUCCGUUCCCCUUUCUUUCUUUGAUCUCCCAUGGCUUCUUUGCCGUCCCAUGCAACGCCUCUUCUUUUAUCACUUACCUUAUUCCACUCUCCAUUUCACCCACUCCAUUCUCCCUUCCCUCAAAGCAUCUCUCUCUGCUACUCUCCAAAUCUUUUACCCUUUUGCUGCCAAGCUCAUAUGUCCUUCCUCGCCACAAAAGCCACAUAUUCUUUACACAGAUGGCGAUUCCAUCUCUUUCAUCGUUGCCGAGUCUUUGGCAGAUUUCGAUCGAACCACAGGGUACGGUGGCUACCAUGUUCGAGAUGUCAAAGAUCUGCACCCCUUUGUCCCAGAGCUGCCUCAUGCAAGCGCGGUGAGCAACACUCGUGUUUCGCCACUUCUGGCCUUGCAAGUCACCGUGUUCCCUAACGUAGGGAUAAGUAUAGGGGCCACGUUUUGCCAUGUGCUAGCCGAUGGAAGGUCGUUCAAUCAUUUCAUGAAAUCUUGGGCUUCCUUUUUCAGGUCAGCAGCUGGAAACUCGGCAACAGUCAUGCCGCUUUUGGGUCGGAGUGUGAUACAGGAAAAAGAUCCUUGCGGGCUCGAGUCAGUUCUCUUAAACGGUUGGUUGAGUUGUGCUUCUAACCAAGAGGACGACAAGGAACAAGUCCAACGUGACGUUUUUGCAGACAAGGUUCGUGCAACAUUUGUCAUCGACCGGGCCGGCAUCCAGAAACUAAAGCGUCGUGUCUUGGAUCGGUGCAUCGAGAAAUGUGAAGCAGAGCUGCCACGAGCAUCGACAUUCGUGGUAGCAUGUGCUCAGGUGUGGACUUGUUUGAUCAAAGCCCAGCAGCUCAGCGGCAGCCUAAGGAACCAACAAGAUGCCGAUGAAUUUUAUUACUUUUGCUUCCCGGCAGACUGUCGAAACCGUCCCGAAUUAGCUAUACCGGCGACAUACUUCGGCAAUUGUCUAGCAAUAUGCUUUGUUCAAGUAACGGGGAAUGAAUUGGUGGGGGAGGAUGGUUUGGUUGCUGCUACGAAAGCCAUUGGAAACAGAGUGGAGGAAUUUGAAAAGGGUGCAUUAAGAGGGGCUGAGAAGUGGAUUAGUAAUUGGAUUGAAAUAUCGGAAAGCGGUCGUCUUUUGGUGAUGGCUGGCUCCCCAAAGUUACGUGUUUACGAUACCGACUUUGGGUGGGGAAGACCAAAGAAGACGGAAGUGGUGCAUGUUGAUGCUUCCCCAUCUAUAUAUAUAGGGGACAGUAGAGACGAGGAAGGAGGCAUCGAGAUCGGGUUGGCACUUAAAAGAUAUGAAAUGGACGCAUUUAUCGGCUGUUUUGAACAAGGCUUCAACACAAUUUAA